AUGAAUAGAUCGUUUUUUCGAAUGGAGAGUGGGGGAAUUAGACAGUGGUUGAACCUUCUGGUGUGUGCACUGCUGUUGUUGAUGGCAGAAGCUUCUUAUGUGCCUAUCACCUAUCUUCAGAACGCGGUAGCGAAAGGAGCUGUUUGUUUGGAUGGGAGUCCACCAGCUUACCAUUUUGAUAGGGGAUCUGGAACAGGGAUUAACAAUUGGUUGGUUGCUUUUGAGGGAGGAGGAUGGUGCAACAAUGUCACUACUUGCCUUUCUCGCAAGACCAACCGUUUAGGUUCAUCUAAGCAAAUGGCAAAGCAAAUUGCCUUUUCAGGAAUUAUGAGUAACAGGCAAAUGUUUAAUCCAGAUUUCUACAACUGGAACAGAAUCAAGGUUAGGUAUUGUGAUGGUUCAUCUUUUACUGGCGAUGUUGAAGCAGUCAAUCCAGUAACUAAGUUGCACUUUAGGGGAGCAAGGAUUUUUGCUGCUGUCAUGGAGGAUUUACUAGCAAAAGGAAUGAAAAAUGCUCGAAAUGCUAUUAUUUCUGGUUGUUCAGCUGGAGGAUUAACUUCAGUACUUCAUUGUGAUAGCUUCCGCGCUCUAUUACCUAGAGGAGCUAGAGUGAAAUGCCUCUCAGAUGCUGGUUAUUUUAUCAAUGCAAGGGAUGUCACUGGAGCAUACCACAUUGAACAGUAUUUCAGUCAAGUUGUUGCUACACAUGGCUCUGCAAGGAAUUUGCCUCAGUCAUGCACUUCAAGACUUAGCCCAAAGCUGUGCUUUUUUCCACAAUAUUUGGUGUCACAUAUCACUACGCCAAUCUUCUUUGUAAACGCCGCAUACGACUCAUGGCAGAUUAAGAACAUUUUGGCACCGGGUGUUGCUGAUCCUGAAGGCCAUUGGCAUAGCUGUAAGCUUGAUAUAAACAACUGCUCACCUGAUCAACUCGAUCUAAUGCAAGGCUUCAGGACAGAAUUCUUAAGGGCGUUGACUGUGCUAGGCAACUCUUCAUCUAAAGGAAUGUUUAUAGACUCUUGCUAUGCCCACUGCCAAACUGAAAUGCAGGAGACAUGGUUGAGAAGUGACUCCCCAGAGCUGAAAAAGACAACAAUUGCAAAGGCUGUAGCAGACUGGUUUUAUGAAAGAAUGGCUUUCCAUCAGAUAGAUUGCCCAUACCCUUGCAACCCCACUUGUCACAACCGCGUUUUCGAACCACAAGACGACCACCCAGGAAAAAAUGUGACCACGAAAGGAACAACAAAUGCAUCAGCAGCCAGAAAGCGCAAUUUCCCGAGACUAACAAAAAAGGCACAAUGGAUCGAGCUUGUGUGCAUUAAUCGAGGGAUCGGUGGUCUUCUAACGUUGGUUCUUCUGCAUUCGUUUCCAGAGUUUUUGGUUGUUGAGAUGGGGUCCAGUGGCAGCAAAGCCACGUCAUCAUCGUCUUCUUCGGGGAGUUUCAGGAAGGGUCGAUCUAAGGGGCACAGAGGUUUCCCGUCUUAUUGUCUGGGAACGUCGUCUGGAUCUCAUGACAUUGAUAGUGAUGACCAGGUUUGUGAUCAACAUAAAGUAAAUGGAGAUGAUGCGACAUACACCAGUGGCAAUGGAAUAGACUCAGAUGAAGGGAAGACAGAGUCUUUUAGAAAGGUGAAAUCGAAUAAAUCUGAUGAAGUGCCUUCUAACAUUGACCUUGAAGAGUGGGGCCACACUGCAUCCAGAACCGGUAGCAGCUCUGCACAUUCUUCUUCAAAUCAGUCCUUGAACCCUUCAAGUCGGUUCCUGUCUCGCUUUAGCCUUGUUCCUGGUAAUAUAAGCUUCAGACUUAGCAGAACCACAAGUCUGGGGUCGUCUAGGCCUUGCCCAGUUUCUUCAACGAGUCUCUCUAUCUUUAAUGAUGAAGAUGAGCUUAGUCUUCAUCGAGGGCCUCCUGGCAGCUUGAUGAAUAGAAAUGAAACUCAACGCCGUAGUGAUUUACAGUGUCAUCGUGAAGAAGCUUCUAAUAAUUUACGACCCAAUGCCCCGGCAUUGGUUUCGCCUGGUAAUUUGAUUAGCAAUCGCCCACUUUCUUCUGUUCAGGAUGUGGUUAGAGAUAGAAAUGGUACAAGAGAAGGGCCUGAUGUCAACAUGUUUUCUCCAAGAAUACAUACUGAUACAGAAAAUAUUGAAACUAGACAUACUGAUAGACGAAAUGGAGCUCGAGAACCUGUUGAGCGUAAUGUUCGUUUUAGCAGAACUUUAAGUGUUGGAAGGCUCCGUGACAGAGUUCUCCGCAGAUCAACAUUGUCAGACUUCACCUUUUGCCCUAUGCAACGAGAGAGAGAAGUAAGAGAUGCUGGUCAAGACAAUGGAAGACGAGUAGGGGACAGAGACACAAGAGUGUCACCAAGUGGUCGUAAUGCUUCAAAUUCUUCUACACCUAGAUAUCCCCUACCCAGUACACCUAGCUCCUUGUUUGGCAUCCAAGACUUUGAUGUUGAGACUUCACGUUCUAGAGAAACUAGGUAUCAGGAUCUACUGGAACAUAGGUCCAAUUUCCUGGAACGGAGAAGAAGAAUACGGUCCCAGGUCCGUGCUCUUCAGCGUUUGGGAAGCCGGUUUGAAAAUCUUUCUGGACAUGACAGAUCAUGUAUCUUAUCUGGUCAACAUAGAAACGGUCGUUGUGCAUGCAGAAACAAUAGUCGUGAUACCAAUUCAAAUGAUGAUACCAAUGCUAGAGCUAGCAUAUCAAGAAUUGUUAUGCUAGCUGAAGCCUUAUUUGAGGUUCUGGAUGAAAUUCACCAGCAAUCUGUGGUUUUAUCUUCUCGCCCUUCUGUGUCAUCUAUCGGUUCUGUUCCUGCACCUAACGAAGUUGUGGAAUCCUUGCCUGUCAAAUUAUACACAAAGUUGCACAAACAUCAAGAAGAACCUGUACAAUGUUAUAUAUGCCUUGUGGAGUACGAGGAUGGAGACAGCAUGAGAGUUCUGCCUUGUCAUCAUGAAUUUCAUACAACAUGUAUAGACAAGUGGCUGAAGGAGAUUCACAGUUCAUUGGACCCUGCUAAAAUAAUUGAUGGAAUUCCUUUGCAUCUUAAAAUUGAGCUAUAUAUGUCCUGA